GUGUAUACUCGUCAGACGUCAUGAUACGUCAUCAGAAGUGUCCAUCUCAUUUGAGGGCUGAGGGGAUAGGGUGUGUCUUUUAAUUGUUUGGACCGCAAACACACAGAACUCCCCGAUCAUUUUCCAUCAUGGCUCCAUCCGCAGACAGGCUGGGAUACUGGGGGCGGCCAACCUCAACGCUAGAUUGGUGUGAGGAUAAUUAUGUCGUCUCUUUCUACAUCGCAGAAUUCUGGAACACUGUCAGCAACCUGAUUAUGAUCCUGCCUCCCAUCUACGGUGCCAUCCAGACGUAUAAAGACGGCCUAGAGUUCCGCUACGUCUACUCUUUUCUGGGACUGGCAGCUGUUGGCAUUGGUUCCUGGUGCUUCCAUAUGACGCUGCAAUAUGAGAUGCAGUUGCUGGAUGAGCUGCCAAUGAUCUACAGCACCUGUGUCUUUGUCUACUGUCUAUAUGAAUGCUUCAAGCAAGAAAACACUCUGAGUUUAUUUCCUAUCACAUUGUUAUUGUUCUUCAGUGUCUCAGUCAGUGUGGUGUAUUUACAAUGGAAAGAGCCAGUAUUUCACCAGGUCAUGUAUGGUGCACUUGUAGCCUGCUUGGUGAUGCGUUCUAUCUUCAUAGUUACAUGGGUGUACCCCUGGCUCAAACCUAUGUGUUACAUCUCCCUGAGUGUCUUCCUGCUGGGGUUCCUGUUGUGGAACAUUGAUAAUCUGGCAUGUGACUCACUCAGAUCCACCAGACAGAGACUGCCCCCUGUUGUUGGGGCGGUGACACAGUUCCAUGCCUGGUGGCACAUCCUCACAGGCCUGGGCUCCUACCUACACAUACUCUUCAGCCUGCAGAUACGGUCAAUCUACCUCAAACACAGAGCAAAAGUAAAGUUUAUAUGUGGAGUGUGGCCCAUGUUGCACAUGGAGGCUCAGAAGACAAGCUGAGUGGCUGGGGACCAUGAAGGAGGGUGACUACCAUACAACAGGCAUCAGCAAAGGGACCUGACCUGCCAGUCUGCCAACUCCCCUUCUGCUGUCUAUGGGACACAUACUGUACACCCGACUACCAGAGGUCUGGCAGGUCACCCCCCCCAACCUACCACUCCAGGGACCCUUUUGUUUCGCACUGUGUGGAUUUGCCAAGUACAGCAUAGCAUUGAGAGUUGAUAUGGAAUGAUUUUUCUCUUUCAUUGAUCACAAUCGGAUUUUCAUGGUGAUGUUGUAGUGUUUUUGUUUAAGUUCUCAAACAUUUUGAAUGCAUUAAUGUACAUGUAGUAUGUCGAUGCAGAUAUAUGUAACUGCCCUGCCCGAACAUGGAUAUUUUCUGGAAUAUGAUUAGGAAAAAAGGCAAUAGUCAUAAAAACACAUGUACAUUAUAUUAGUGUAUGUAUUACAACAAUCAAUAUAAUACUUUAGCAUAUUCACAAACCAUAAUAACGUCAGAUGGUCAGCUUGAGCUGGCUAUAUUUUUAAUUGGUUAUGUUUAGACCCAGGAACUGUUUAUACUACCCUAUUUUUUUUAAUAUAAAUUAGCAGACGCUCUUAUCCAGAGAGACUUAAGCCUUCCGCAUGCUUUGGUUCGGCUGAUGCUUAGCAGAACAAGUGUUCAUAUACUCCCUUAAAAGACCUUCGCUUGGCCUCCCGAGUGGCUGUGCCCCUAGAGAUCCUGUUUCGAGUCCAUGCUCUGUCGCUGCUGGCCGCGACCGGGAGACCCAUGGGGCGGUGCACAAUUGGCCCAGCGUUGUCCCUGUUAGGGGAGGGUUUGGCCGGCCGGGAUGUCCUUGUCCCAUCACGCUCUAGCGACUUCUGUGGUUGUCCGGGAACAUGCACGCUGACACGGUUGCCAGGUGCACAGUGUUUUCUCUGACACAUUGGUGCGGCUGGCUUCCGGGUUAAGCAGGCAUUGUGUCAAGAAGCAGAGCGCCUUGGCUGGGUCGUGUUUCGGAGGACACACGGCAUUCGACCUUCACCUCUCCCGAGUCUGUAUGGGAAUUGCAGUGAUGGGACAAGACUGUAACUAUCAAUUGGGGAGAAAAAGGGGUAAAAAAAAUAAAGAUCUUAAAAAAAUAUAUUGAAACGCCAUAGCCAGUAUACACUUUCUCAAAAUAGUCCAAAAUUAAUGAUAACUCAAGAAAUGUUUCAUUAAUUUUGAAAUUUUUUUCUGAGGAGAUCUUAGUUGCUCAGCUUUACAUCUAAGAUGUUUGGUGCAGUAUUUCUCAAGUUAAAUAAUUAGCAUGAAAACAAUUCAUCUCUAGUUGAAUGACAUGAAGCAUUAACAAUGACAGCCUUGAAGAAUCCCUACUGUUGACCAAUCACCGACGAAGGAGCGUAAAGUUUGGUUACCAACUUUGGCUACCGAAAAAUGUUUGUGUGCACGAACAGCCCCAAAAAAACCUUGCUAAAGACCAAAACAAAGAAAAAAGUCAUAAAACUGUUUCGGAUGGGAAGCAUGCAGGCACCUUUACAGUUAGUGCAUUCAUCUUGAGAUGCCUAUUAGUGCAUUCAUCUUGAGAUACCUAGGUCAGACAACUACAUAUCACAGUCAUAGUAAGUACAUUUUUCCUCAAAGAAGUUAUCAGCAAAAGUCAGUGCUAGUAGGAAAACACAAGUGCAUAAGCAUGAAAUUGGCAGGGACUCUGCUGUCCUGACGUUAGGGGGAAGCCCAGUUUUGACUGGGCUGAGUGGGAGCUGACGCCCCAUAGGGGUGGGAGGCCCAAGACACCAGCGUUGGCAGAGGUUCCCUUCUCUAAGGGAAUCUGGUCUAGAUGAUCCAGUGUGCUGGUUACAGACAGGACUGAAACAGAGACAGCAGGGAAAGGUAUAAUAAAUAAAUUAUAUUGACUACAGUAUAUAUGUCCUCUGCAACGUCUUGGUAACACAGGAACACUCUGACUUCAACUACAUUUAUUUUAUGUAUGCCAAGACUGCAACUGCAUUAUACUUGCAAAAUGUGAAGUUGUUUUGAUAUUUUUACAUGUCCAUGUGUUUUUUUAAUGAUUUACUUGAUUAAUAUUAACAAAUCGAAGGGAGAUUAUACAAUUUACCUUAGGAUUGUUCCAUUUAAAAAAAACAGUCACAUUAUCAUAGUGGGAAUUUCAAGGAUAUAGGGUAAUUAUUUUCAUGUGUAUGUCUUUUUAUUUGCCAACGCAAAAGAUCAUGAAAGUUUACCUGAAAAUAAAGAUAUCUGCACAAGCUUUGGUGUUGCUGCCAAAAGGA